GGACCACGACGACGAGUUCUCUGUUGUAGAGGCCGCCAAGAAGCUGAACGAAGUCUCCGGCCUGAAGGGACUGGGCCGGUUCUUCAAGCAGGUGGCGCAGUCGGCGCGCUCCAAGGACGACAGCAGCAUCGACGACUUUCUCGGCUGCGUCAACAUCCCGCUGGACGACCUACCCUCUACAGGUAAAAGUCAGUGGUACAAGUUGGAAGGGCGGUCAGCCAAGUCCAACAUCCAAGGGGAGAUCCACCUGAAGCUAAAUCUGGCCACACGCGAAGACCGGGGAAUUCCGGAAGACCACAACUGGACAGACGUCAAACAACACGAAGAUUUGAUGUCCAUUUUUAUCGAAUAUGAACUCAGAAAAUAUAGUUCUGUUGAAAGUAAUCUCUUUGGACAGGAAGCAUCCUACAAAUGGACAGGUGACUUGCCACAAGUUGCCAGGACCAUUUUACAUCAACAUGCCAUACAAGGAGAUGUGACUGAAGUUCAGCAAGCAGUUUGUCGCUGGCAAGCAUACAGUAAAAAACACAUGGAGCAUCCUUUGAGCUAUGAUCUGUUACAUGGUUUGUUAGAGGACCUGGACAGAUUGUACCAUGAUGGAGCUCUCUCCAGAGAAGAGGAAGAAGCACUAGCCGAAUCAUUCACAAACUUCAUAGAAUACAGCAAAAGUCUCCUCAAGAAAAUGAGAGAUGUUUUCCCUCCCACCAAUAAAACUGCUUUCUCAAGACUAAAAGUUAUGCUCAAGUGCCUCUCAACAAUCCAUAGCCUCAAAGUAUUCAAAAAAUGUUGCCCAUUUCACAGUGAGCUGCACUCAGAAAUACUUUCAUUGUCCAAGAAAAGCACCCUGGAGUGGUAUGACAGAGUUCAUAGUUCAUGCAUGGGGCAUAUAAAGGGUGAUGAAGACACACUCCGUGGACUGAUUGAGCUCUGCAAUUUGUUGAACACGGAUAUUUAUAAAGCUUAUCAUAACUACAAUCCUCUAUUUGUAGAGCUUUGCAAUGUGCACUAUUUUCAAGUGACUUACAAGCAGUUUGAGAAAUUGCUGGGAGAGGCUAUGAACAAGGACAUAGAGAAAAUCCUCAAGGCUAACGAUGUCCACCAUGAGCCAUCAGGCCUGGGUACACCUUCCCUGACCCUGAACACUGGACUGUUUGAGUUGUACAUGAACCUGCAGGAGUUCUCACGUUACAGCAGACACCUCUCAGCUAGUGACAUCAAACAGUUCACUAUCCCAGCCUAUUAUCACUGGUUCAAGUGUGCGGUCAGUAAAUGGCUGACCAUUGCCCAGCACAGAGCAGAGAGAAGAAUAAAAAAAGCUGUGGAGCUUGAAAAGGUAGCCCAGGUGGAUGUGGCUGUAAAGUACAGCACGUCUGCUGUUGAUGUCUGCUGCUGCUUCACACAGAUCACAGAGUUUUGGAAACAGCUGGCCUGGCCUGACCGUGUGGGAGCGUAUCCAUUUGUUUACAAACUAACAGAGGAUAUUUGCAAUACAGCCAAGUUGUAUGCAGACUUAGUGCAUGCUAAGUUGACAGACAUGGGCUAUUAUGAUGAUGAGGGUCAAUUUGAUGUCACAGAAGAGCUUUGCAUCACAAUAAACAAUAUAGAACAAGUGCGCAGAGCCUUGAAACCUUUGCCAACUCUGCUGGACUUCAGUGAGAUUCAGCAGGCUCUGGAGCUGGCAAGAGAUGACCCACAUCCACCCAAAGAGGCUACAACUGGUCUGCUGGGCAAGGCAUCACUUCAAGGCAUCAUCAAACAGGCCGAUGAGGAUAUGGUCAGAAAAAUCAGACAGGUGGUGGACCGUGUGGCUGAUAAGAUGAGACCUGACAUUAAAAAAGAUGUUUUCCAUUUAAAUUGGGCUCCAGAAUCCUUACCAGCUGAAGAGGCUGUUGGUGACUUGCUGGAGUACCUGGACAGUAAUUUGCUGACCCUCAACAGCAACCUCCUGAAGACAAACUUUGACAGAAUUCUCUCCUCCAUCUGGGUGGAGCUGCUGGAGGAGUUCAGAGAAGUUUUGGACACGGAGGAAAUGCGCCCCCCUGUGUUCUACCAGAGGAUGUUUCAAGCAUUAAGUCUUCUCGUUGAUUUCUUUUAUGCCAAUGGAAAUGGUUUAGAGAUGGAAGCUAUUCUUAUAGAGCCAUUUGAGAAUCUACGUAAAGAACUGACCAUGCACAAAAUGGAUACACUUUCUCUCAUUGAAACUUUCUACAUGGAAAAAAAUGAGUUACAGGCUCACACAGAGAACACAGAGUUUGGUGUGCUCAGUAUUAGAGCGGUCUACAAGUUUGAUUUGCAAAUACUUUUUGUCGAAGUUAUUAGUGCAAGGGACUUAAUACCACUUGAUGCUAAUGGCCUGAGUGAUCCGUAUGUGCUGGUCUCACUGGCACCAGAACACAUUUUCCCUGGGAUGGGAACACACAGCACCAAGAUCAUUAAGAAAACAUUGAACCCUGUGUUUGAAGAGUCAUUUGAAUUCCAUAUCCUGCCAUCCCAAUGUGCUCAGCAUGGAGCAUCCUUGACCUUCACUGUAAUGGACCAUGACCUCUUAUUCCAAAAUGACUUUGGGGGCGAAGCUUUUCUUCCUUUGUCAGAUGUGCAUGGCGUGGGAGGGGAGGAAAUCUCUGGCUAUGAUGUUCUCAACAUCAUUUCUCUCCCCCUCAUCCACCCUAAAGCUUCAGACCAUGGUGCCUUGAAUGUGUUGAGAAGAAGGACAUGGGACAGUGUUGCACAGGAAUUUAUCAAGAAACGCAGCCUCAUAGAGCAACAGGCAAAAUAAUCCUCGAUGCUGUUGUCUUUAUGAUUUCCAUAAUUCAAAAUGAAGCUCAAAAUAUGACUGAAUUUAUGAACUACAAUUCCAAUUUGAAUCAAUAAUUGAACUAAUGAUUGUGUUGUUUUUUUUUGUAAAUGAAUGAAAGCCAAUAUUGUAUUAAAAUUGUGAAUACAAUUUAGCAAAAUUAAAUGAAACACCUAAUAAUUCACACAAAUAUUUUUCUAGAAAAGCUUAAAUUGUGAUAUAAAUAAGCUAUUUUUGGGAGAAUUAUUGCGUAUAUUAAUUUAAGAUACUGGUUUUUCUAAAAAUACUCA